AUGUCGUCUUCUGCGUCGCCCCCCAACGACUCUUCCCAGCCUGACAAGGGUCCUCUUGGCUCGCUAAACCUCAACUUUCUAAAGUCGUUGAACGACAAGAAGACCACCCGCGAUGGCAAUCCUCCUAAGCGGCGAGGACCUAAACCCGAUAGCAAGCCGGCGUUAACACGCCGGCAAGAAUUGAAUCGCCAAGCACAGAGGUAUAUCACAGACUCGUACCUGACGCAUCGGGAGCGCAAAGAGCUAUACAUAAAGGCGCUCGAAGACGAGGUACUGCGACUUAAAGAGAUCUACACCAACGUCUCGCAAGACAAAGACAAGCUCGCCGAGGAAAACCGGCAGCUCAAAAUCCUGCUGCAGCAGAACGGCAUCUCGCACAGCCCGGGCGGCGGUGUAGACGAUAUCGGCAGCAGUCUGAGCCCCGGGUACACGUCCAAUGGUAGUAUCUCGGGCGGCUACGGGGCGGGAAGCUCUAACACCGCGUACACGCCGGGCAUGACGUCGAUAUCGAGUCCGAAUUCCAUGACGGCGUCGUCGUCGCAGGGGCUAGGCGGGCAGCAGAAGCAGGGCCACCACGUAGAUUACGAACAGGCUGGGAUAGAUUUCGUCUUAACGUACGAUAACCCCGAUGACCCCUCGAAGGCGUACAUGCUCGAGCGACCGUGUAUGGACCACAUGCCGUGGCUGAUCGAGCGAGCGCAAGACACGAGCGGGGACGCGGCGGGGCACGCGCUCAUGGCAUCGUGUCCGCCGGAGCCGUUCCCGGAGCUCAGCGAGGAGAUCCCGUUCGGGUACUCGCACACGCACGGCGACCGGGGCGAGGCGCCAUCUCGCCAGCGCACGUGGGAGCUGUCCAAGGGCGAUCUGUCGACUCUUCUCGACCUCAGCACCAAGUUGAACCUGGACGGCGAGAUCACGCCCGUCAUGGCUUGGGGCAUGGUUCUGUCCCAUCCGAAGCUGAGGGAGCUGAAGAGCGAGGACUUGGUGAGGUUGGUUGAUGAUCUCAAGGGCAAGGUCCGCUGCUAUGGGUUCGGAGCUGUGAUGGAGGAGUUCGAGGUGCGGGAUGCGCUCAAUGCCGUUUUCUCCGCAAAGUCGGAGGUAGGCAUGGCUUAUUAG